CAUCGACGACCCCCGCCAAAUUCGCCCAUCAUGUCGAUGUUCCGCGCCAAGAAGCUCGAUCUGGGCUGCUUUGUUAACGUCCGAACCCUACGCGAUCACACCAAACGCAAGGUCUUUGAGGCCCACGAGACAGAGCGACAAGCUCUCCGAUACAUCAUCCGCAACACAACCCUCCCUCCCCGAGUCCGCGCCGAAGCCCAGCUCCAAUUGACGCAGAUGCACUGCUACACCCGACCUACGCAGAUCCGAAACAGAUGUAUCAUGGGUGGACAGGGACGAGGUAUUCUGAGCGACUUUAAGCUAUCACGAUACAACUUCCGAAUGGAGGCCAUGGCUGGAAACUUGCCCGGUGUCAAGAGAGCCAGUUGGUAAAGACCGAGCUUGGGAUGGGACGAAGAGAAGUGUACGACUACGUGGGUACUUGGGAUCAGGCGUCUCGAGAUAUCAUAGACAUGACUGUAUAAUACAAUGCAAAAUUCAUUGGAACGCUA